GCUGCACAUUCAUGCAGAUUAAAAUAACACAUCUCCAUAUGCAAAUAGGCUAGGCUUCUGGUUACUGACCAGGAAGAAUAGAGACUUCUGUAAGAAACUGAGAAGACUUCAAAAUUGCUUUGAAUGGAAACUCGAAGGUUGCUUAAUUUGCGGAGGCUGAUGACCGAAAUGUGGUUCUCCUACAUGAAGGGCAAUACUUUGUCAUCAUACCAAAUAACAUGUGCUAUCGACUCUCAUUUGGCUGCGUUUCACAUUACGUCUAUUAUAUUUCCAAAUGUCGAAGAUGUUUUUAAUUCAGACAACUUAUUCAAUCAUCUUAUGUCUUCACUGAAUCGUGAAAAUUACUAUGAGGCUAGAAUCAUUAGUGAGCAGGAGCUCAAACGAUCAAAUGAAAGCAAAAUUUCUCAAACGGUUAACAUAAUGGACUUUUAUGGCACUGUCCAUGACAAUUUCCCCUUGAUCGAUAAACUUGUAUGUGCUGAAAUGAUUUUUAACGUAAGGAUCCCAAGUGAGAGUCGGAUCCAUGAAGAAAUAUUCAGCCAGUUUAAAAUGUUCGGCUACCUCAAGGCUUUGGGAGAUCCAGCAGAUCCAGCACUAAUUCUCGGGUACUGGUUGACUACAAAACCAAUAUUUUAUAUUGAAGAUAAGAAGAAAAGAAUUUUUCAGCUGCAGUUUUUGCUGCUUAGCAAAAACAAGCACAUGACUAUGUGUUUUAGAUUCUCCAGAAACAACUGGAAGCUCUACGACAACGAGCCAACAAAACCUUCUUUCCAGAAUUUUCACUUGGACAGGAUUAAUGAUUAUGACAUUUGCAUGGCUGGAUACGUCAACCUAACCCAAGCGCCGAAAUAUAAAUUUGGCAUUGCUGAGACUGGAGCAGGAGCAAUGCCUUUCGAUAUAGAUACAAGAAGUACCCUGGGUUAUCCAGAGCCAUACACUUUCCCUGUAGCCAUUCCCGAGACUGGACCAGGACUGGGACCAAGGCCUUAUUAUUCAAACUCGCUAGAUAUUCCCACAAUAUCUGACCACCCAUAUGAACCAGGCCUUUAAAUGCUAUGCAGCAGUGGCUGUGAUUCUAAUUAAAUAAAGGUAGUUACGAUAGCUUUCCAACAUUUAAGAAUUUUCAAUCAUAUAAUCUUACGAUGGACGAAAGAGAUAUUUAAAAUUUCGCUGUCACAUAUGUGGUACGAUACAUUGGGCUCUCACCUACAAGUGCAGUAAUUUUAAAAAUGGUUAAAAGCGCUAUACUGUACAAAUAAAUUGAAUUGAACUGAA